AAAUAAAACCGGGUCCUGUCGCUUUAUGACGUCAUGUUUAGGGGACAGAAGGAGGGCGGUUUGAAAGGGAAAACUUUUGACAACAUGUAAACCAAAUUACCUGAACAGACAGACGUGAGAGUUCUCCAGUCAUAUGCCUGAUCAGUUAAGAAGUCGAGACUAAUUGUUCAUAUAUAAUUGUAUUUUUCCACGACUUUCUGAACUACAGCUGAGUAAACUACAUGUGCUAGCUAGCUAACGUUAGCUGCUGGUGUAUACGCUGCUGCUGGCUGUCUUUAACUUUUAAAUGUAGACCAGGUGAACCACCACGUCGGGAUAUUUUCUCUGCUGUGUAACAAUAACACUACCUGUCAGAAUGGCGAGUGUGCAUGAGAAUCUUUACUUCAACCCCAUGAUGACAAACGGAGUGGUGCAUGCUAACGUGUUCGGGAUCAAAGACUGGGUGACUCCCUAUAAGAUCUCUGUUCUCGCGCUGCUCUACGACAUGACUGCGUCCAAAAUCACUCUGCCAGAGAGAAGACGACUGAACAAGCUCAUCCUGCCCCUGCAGCAGGGUCCAGACCUGACUCUGGGUCAGUUCCUGAAGACUGUUGAGGAGUGUUGCCCCCAGACUGCAUAUGCUGUCAAACUCAGGAUGCAUGAAAUGGCAGAUGGAGAGCUGAAAGACAUGGAGUACUUCUUUUCCACUCUUCCUACACCUUUCACUGCUUUUGAUUCUGAGGCUUAUAAAACCAGUGUUGUUGGUCUCUUUAUGAGACACAUGCUGCUGGCCUACAACAAGCUGUCUUUCAGUCAGGUCUACAAGCUGUACAAGUCCCUGCAGCAUUAUUAUCACAGUCACUUCCCCAAGCCCGUCGACGGGCAGGUGAGUCUGCCAGCGCUGGCAGCUGACGACUCAGAGAUGGACCUCACCAGCACUGAGGACACUGUGGGGGACAGGAUAGACAAAGAGGAGUCUGACAGUCCACUGCAUGAGUCUGAGCUUCGAAACGACAACACACCAAGCAGAGGCCCCUUGUCACAAAAACAAGCAGAGUACUUUCUUGCAAGACAGGCUUAUCUCCUGAAGAACGAUGAGAACAAAGCUUUGAAGCCCGCCGCGCUGCAGGAAGAGCUCAACAACAUGCUGAAGUUUAACCCCGAUUUUGCAGAAGCGCAUUACCUAAACUAUCUGAACAGCAUGAGAGUGCAGGACAUCUUCCUCUCAGCCCACAGUCUCUUACAUUAUUUUGACCGACUCAUUUUGUCUGGAAAUGAGGGAAAGAGCAACGGGGACGAGGGCUAUGGACGCAGUCUCCGCUAUGCCGCUCUCAACCUGGCAAGCCUGCACUGUCGCUUCGGCCACUAUCAGCAGGCUGAUAUGGCUCUGCAGGAGGCGAUCCGCAUUGCCCAGGAGUCCAAUGAUCAUGUGUGCCUGCAGCACUGUUUGAGUUGGCUCUACACGCUGGAACAGAUGAGGGGAUCUGACAGCACCGUGUUAACCGAGGAUUCAGUGAAAAUGGCUGCCCACUUCUGCCUGCCAUACCUGGCGUCUCUGGGCAUUCAGUCUUUAGUCCAGCAGGGGGCGACACAGGGUAAGACCGCCCACAAAUUGAUGGACGCACUGAAGGACACAGACAUCCUGCACUGGAAGCACAGCCUGUCGGAGCUGAUCGAGAUCAGCCUGGCUCAGACUACGUCCAUAUGGAGGAUGUACGGCAAGAGCACCAUGGCUCUGCAGCAGGCCCAGCUGCUUCUCAACAUGAGCAGUCUGGAGCCGGUCAACUUCGGGGUCCAGCAGAACAACACCGAGGCGUUCGCCGUGGCUCUCUGCCACCUGGCGGAGCUGCACGCUGAGCAGGGCCUGUACAGUGCAGUGUCAGAGAUUCUCCUUCAUCUGAAAGAACAGUUUCCUCCUCACUCGCAGCACGCAAAGCUCUGGAUGCUGUGUGAUCUGAAAAUCCAAUUCGACAGACACAUGCACGAAGGGAAAUACCAUUUGGCAGAACCUCUGGUCACAGCGAUCUCUGCCUUAAACAAAACAGAGGGUCUCUACAGGAAAGCUCAAGUUCUGAAGGCUCUCAACCGAAGCACUGAGGCGUACAGCGUUUUACAGCGGCUGCAGACGCACUGUGAGAAGACCAAAUGUACAGAGGUGGUCAUCAGAGUGAUGCUCUCCACCGCUGAGCUCCACUGGGAGUCGUCUGGCUUCUCCACAGCUCUUCCUCUCCUCCUGCAGGCCUUGGCCUUGGCUAGACAGCACCACCUACAGUCCCUGGCCUCAGAGACCCUCCUUCACCUGGCCUUUACUCAGCUGAUGUUGGGUGUUCCUCAGCAGGCCCUGACUGUUCUACAUGAGGCCAUUGAGCCUGUUCUGGCCCACGGAGGAGUCAUGGACAAAGGCCGAGCCCUCCUGCUGACAGCCCGCUGUCAGAUGGCCGUGGCUGGGUUCAGGCCAAACGGACAAGGGCAUGCAGAUUUGCAUUUGGCGGUUUUGGCUGCGGACACGCUGAACGAGGCUGCAGCGUAUUUCUCCAAGCUGAACUGUAAGGAGCGGCUGCGGGACGUCCACUACCUGCAGGCUCAGCUCCACCGUUCUCUGGGACAAACAUCACAGAGUAACAAAAGUGCCAUGCUCUUCCGGCUGCUGGACCAGGAGCUGCAGUCACCAGCACCACCGGUCUCCAUGAGGCUCUGACUGCAGCUCCUGCCCAACUACAAACUAGAUGAAUCUUACUGAACGAACACAACACCUCCACUGACGGCUGCUCGCCACUAGAUGCCGCUGAAGAUCUGUCCUGCUUCUUUUAGCUCUAUAGCGUUUCAUUUAGAGAUUUUGAACUAGAGGCACAGCUGGAGCUCUUUGCAUACAGUGUGAGGUAAUAAUAACAGAGGACGAUGUAAGUAGUUAUAAACGAGGCUACAUUUCAAAUGACCAAUAGUAGCUCCAUCUUGUUAGAAUUGAAUGACGUCACAGAGGUUUAAGAGCCUUCACCACAGCUACAGUCCAGGUUUGUCGGACAGAUAGAACACGCCAGCUCACCUGGUAAAAAUGUCAGAAGUUUAUCAGCCUGCCGCUUUUUUGAUGAAUGACGGUAAUAUCACACUUAGCUACAAGAUGAAUGUGUUUCAGCGGCCCGGAUGAUUCAUAUUUCGCCCGAAGAAUACUGAUGAAGAUGAAAUCCAGGGGGAGGAAAUCGUGAUCACAUUUAUAAUGUAAUGGACCCAUGAUGGCUUAAAACCUGAUAGUGUAUCUGUAUUCAGCUUCCCUCAGACACGAUGUGGAAAAACAAUUGUAGCUGAUAACAUUACGUUCAAGUGUCUUUGGGGACUUGUAAUCCAUUACUUACAGCACUUCUUUCAAGAAAAAUAAAAAUCUUGUUUCCUGUUA